UUACGAUUGGCGGGUUGUGAUUGGUGGAGCAUGCAAUCUCCCGGCUUUUGAAAUUUGUUGUUAUUGUUCACGGGUUGUUUUCGUUUCAGUUCGGUUUUAUUUUGUACGUGUGUUGUCUUAGUCUUAGGCGUUUGCAUGGUAAUAGCAGAAAGUAUAUUGUGAACCUUUCGAGUAAUUCUGGAAUAUGAAACAAGUGACGAUGAGCGUGUGUUAUUUCUAAAACUUCAUGCUCUACGUUUUGUGUUGGAAACAUAAGUUUGCCAUCAGGGCGUUAAGUUAACCGCCAAUGCAAAAAUUUCAUCAUGUACAACCUCGACGUUGAUGUUCCGAAAGAAGAAUUGCACAAUGCUAUUAUCCAGGAACUUCGUCUUCUUGGGUUAAAAAAUGGCCUGAUUCCUAAGCGGACUAAUAAAACUCAUCAGUACCCCAAAGGCGCGAGUAACCGUGGAAUUGUUUUUCGCAAGCCACUUCAGCUCUUGUCAUCAAGAAUAGUUCAGCUACAAUCUGGAGUAGAAGCUGAGGUCCCUAACAUUAUCCAGGAAAUAAGUUGCUGUAUUGUUAAACAAGCGGGCACUGAAGGAAUUUUUCGAAAAGCAGGAUCAACUGCUCGACAGAAAGAAAUCAGGGCUGUGUUGGACCAGGGCCAGAAAGUUCAGUUCUCUCAACAUCAUGUAAUUGAUGUUGCCAACAUAUUAAAAUUUUUCUUGCGUGAAUUACCGGAGCCUGUGCUGCCCUUUGCGUAUCAUGAUUUAUUUCUUCAUUGUUUGUUGUUGGAUGAUACUGCUGGUGCAGCCCUCCUUGUUAGUCUUCUGUUGCCAAGACCCCAUCUCCAUGUUUUAGCAUAUUUGAUGGAGUUCUUCCAUCUAAUAUCUAGAUUGAGUGAAUCAAACAAAAUGAAUAUAAGCAAUUUAGCUAUUGUUGUAGCUCCAUCACUAAUGCCAGUUUCAGAAAAGGUGUCAGUUGUUCAGAACCCCCAGCGAAUCGGUGCUCAUGUUCGCAUUAUUGAGGUGUUAAUGUCUAAUGCUGAGCGAAUAGGUGUAUUGCCAGAUGGUGUUGUGGGUAAGUUGUCUCUCACACCCUCAGUUUCUAACAUGUCAUUGGCAAGUGAGGAUCACACUAGUGGUUUGACAUUUUCAAUGAAAAAGAAAAGAAGGCGCAGUGGUUCACUGACAAGAAUGUUUAAUGGAUUGAAAAAAAUUGUAGCUGGGAAACCCUCUCCUGGAACAGAAACUGACUGUUCAGGAAUGGAGGAGGAAAUAGCGCUUGUUUCUUCAACAACAGACCUCUCAACACCAUGUGUCAAAUCUGCUAAAAAGCGGAAGGCCUUAGAUGCAACCUCUGCCUUUUCCAGUAAAAAGAAGAGGGAUGUUUUAAUGGCUCUUCCUCAAAGUACAGCUUUAGCAGACACUCCAUUUAAGAAGAGUUCAAAUACUGCACUAGACUCUGGUGAGACUCCUCGGGUUUGUCCUCACCCAAAUCCUCCAAGUAAUCUCAAAAGCAAAUCCAAGAGUCCUCAGAAAACAAAACACCGCAAAUUCUUUCCAUCUAGAACCAAUUCUGAGUCAGAUAACCGUAGAAUUGGAACCAGCUCUAAAAAAGGCCUUUCGGGUGUCAGCAGUUUUGUUAUCAAGAAGCAGAAAAAUCGUGCAGAUCGCCAUUCAACAAGUGGAAACUUUCUGGAGCGAAGCUGGAGUGCAGUUAGCAGCAGCAGUUGGGGCCGCAAAAAGUUACGGCAAUCUGAUCAAACUCGUCUUAGUCUUCUCUCCACUUCAUCAGCCGCUCCUCUUGAAAGUGAUUCAAGCCAUGAUGCGGAUAUAGGGAUUGACCUCAGCCAUGAGGAUCCCUUUGAUACAAGCCAAAGUGACUUUGUUCAUGUUCCAAAGAGUGAAUAUGAAGACUUAAAAUGUCGACUCUCUGCCAUUGAAUCAUGUAUCUCUCAUGAAUUCAGUAGCGUUUCUACCUCUGAAAGCAAAACUAGUCCUGAUCCUCUGAAUGCAGCAAACACUCCUCUUGCUGUACAGAAUGUCUAUGAGAAAACUUUAGAAGAUGCUGACACUGCCAAAGAUGCUUCAACUGACAUACUUGCUAAACGUCUUAGUAGGGAGCUUAAGAUUCGCCGAUCGAGUGAUUGUAAAGUAAUAAGGUCUCCAAGUGCCCGUAAAAUAGGAUCCAUUCGCCGCAGAUCUCGGGAAAGGCAGAGUCCAUCUGUCCGACGGGAGUUGCGCAGAAACAAGUCGUGGCACAUGAUGCAGCGGCCAGUCAAUGUGGCGCUGGCGACUCCCUUAUCAGCGGUAGAUUUACCGUCGGCCCAAAACAGUCGUCUACGCCGCGGCCGUCCGAACACUGUGUUCUCUGGGCUGCCGCACCCGACACCCAAUCGCAUCAGCAAGGAAAUUAAAAAUGAUGAUAUCAUCCAAAUAUUGGGUGCUGAUAAUUCUCCUGUCACCCGCAGCCAGGCUCGCCGAGCGUCGUCAUUCCAUGGUAGUGAAGUCACAUCUCCUUCACUGCCAUCAUAUAAAAAAUGCAGGAGUCAGGUCAAUUUAGCAAAAGCUGCAUUAUUAGCUCAUGCUCAACAGAAAAAUAAAGGAAGUAUGGAUCAUGAUGAAAAAUGGCGAGAUGCUCAAGAGCUACUCAGUUCCUCCAAAGAUUUGCUCAGUGGUGUACCUGCAACAGGAAGAGAAUCUAUUGCAAAACUUCGUAGUGAAAAUGCUGGAAAAGUUCUUGCCACUGCAAAACUUUUUAAUGCCAGUGCUGACGUUCCAAAGCAAGUAGAGACAAGGAGAAGCAAGAUCCAUGAAACAUUCCCAACACAAACUAGUCUGAGUAACAGUCAAGCAGAAACAACAAUGGAAUGUACAUCAGGAAGUUCACAUUAUGGAAAGGAGCAAGAACUAACAGAGAAAACUGCAUUGAACAGAACAAAGACUGACUCAAACCUGUCUAACCAUGCGUUAUCAGGUAAAAAUUGUUCAUCUUCUAAAUCCACCAUUACCAACAAGAAACUAAAUGGAGAGAAAAGCCCCGCUGUGAUGUCUCAUACUAGAAAGUUGAGAUUAAAGACUUCACCUACACAAUCUCCAGCAGCUCGUCCUACUAAUAGUAAAGUGAAGAAACAUAGUAGUAUGAAAACUGAUAGAGUUGCUCAUAGUCAACCAGUGAAGCGGAAUCUUUCAGUUCCUGUAGAGCUUCUUGACAAGGGCAAAGAAAACCAAGUUGAUAAAUCGUUUUCUAAUGUUUCUCCACUUUCCAGGGGCUUAUCACCCCAGGGAUUAAAGGAAUCAGUACCUCUCACUGAAAGAAUUCAGAGGAUAUCUGUAUCCCCCUUGAAAGAUUGUAACAGAAUCACUGUACAAUCGUCACAUCAUCAGGUCACGAAGUAUUCCUCAGUAAUCCCAUGUACUCCAAACAUAAAACAACCCCUCACUGCUCUUACUCCACGACGCAAAGCAUUCACACCACAAAGUGUACGAGGCUUCACUGGUCAUACACCACUGAAAGUUUUAGCAGCACCUUCAAUAACUCCCAUUCACUUGAGUCAGCAACGUUCCUCUCGCCUUCAGCAUCAUUCUUCAUCUAUUAAAGCUGUAUCAAGGAGCAUCAAACCCUGUAACUAAAUUUGGCUGUGUAUAAUGUUUAUUCUUUCUAUUGUACCUCUUUCUUAGCAAAGGAAAUGCAUUUGUAGUGAUUCUUUUAGUUGUUCUUAGUUACAGUGGAGGUAUCAAAACUUGUUUAUUAAUAGAUGGAGUUUUUAAAAAAUAUUACUUUGUACACUUGACUCGUAUCAUUGGAAACUGCUCUGCAGAAUUAAUUUUCAUUUCUAUGAUUUUUUGUAUUUAAACAUACCUAGGCUUAACCAUGUAUUUUAAAUUACCGUGCUGUCAGUCCUUUUGUUUUGUAAAAUUUAGUUUUAUUUUUGUGUGUUUAUGUGUGAGUUUUUCUGAAUGUGUAUCUUGUAUUUUAUCCUCAAAAUAAAGAUGAAAAUUUUAUCUAGA